AUGUCUGCAGUCGACCCAGUCACAGUUAUUGCCGUUUUCGAAGAAGUUAAGGUGAACAUGGUGCUGUAUAUUUCUGUCUUCGGCGAGUCGAUUUUAAACGAUGGUGUCGCAGUUGUCCUCUAUCAAGUCUUCGAGAGCUUUCUUGAAAUCGGAGAUGCCGCGAUAACUUUCGUUAACUUAUGGAGAGCUGUGAUAAAGUUCUCCAUUGUCGCUGGAGGUGGCACUCUGAUGGGUUGUGUUUUCGGAUACUUGGGCUCAUUCGUCUUCAAGGCCACGAAAAAAUUUCGAAUGCUUGAGCCGAUGUUCAUCUUCAUCAAUUGUUACACGGCGUAUCUUAUUGCCGAGUUACUUGACUUGAGCGCUAUUCUGAGCAUAAUCUUCUGCGCCUUUGUAAUGAUGGAUCGCUCAGAAGGCGAAAUGUCCGCCGAAUCGCAUGUCGUCGUUAAAUACAGUCUCAAGAUGAUGGCGAACACUGCGGAAAUUAUAAUCUUCAUCAUGCUUGGCCUUACGAGUGUCCAGGAGUUUAUGACCGACUUUGCGCACAAUUGGAAUACGGGACUGUUUGUCGUGACGAUUAUCGCAGUCACAGUGUACCGCUUUAUGUCAGUCUAUGGACUGACAUGGAUUCUCAAUCAAUUUCGGAUCAAGCCAAUUCCGUACAACGAUCAGUUUGUGAUGUCGCUUUCUGGUCUGCGCGGUGGCAUUGCUUUCUCGUUGACGAAAGUUGUUCCACCUCACCUCCUGCCUCAUAUCCAUCAAAUGCUUACCACGUGUAUAGCUAUAAUCUUUUUUACUUCCUUUGUUCAAGGUGGAUCAAUCGGCCCUCUAGUCGAAUAUCUGAAAAUUAAAGGCGACGAUCACUUUGAGCAGCCCCAUCUUCUUGAAGACGACGAGAAAAGAGAAGAAGAGAAGGAAGAAAACGAGGAGUCUGAAAUAAGUGAAGGUCUUAUUGCGAAAAACUUAUGA